CGGAAGAUAUGAGCGUCUAUAGAAACCAGAUUUAAUAUGGCAGCUUCCUUGUUGGGCAGAUUCCAAGGUUCACUCGUAGGAGCGAUAGUUGGAGACUGCAUCGGUGCUGUUUUUGAAGGGUUUGAUUGGUCGACUGUGGUUGGAACGGACAGAGUUCUAAAAUUGGUUGAAAAAAUAGAGACUGAUCAUGCAAGCACAGAGGCAAAGAAAAGAAAGAAAGAGUUUUUCGAAUAUACUGAUGAUUCUGCAAUGGCUCGAAACGUAGCGAAAUCACUGAUACAGAACAAUGGUCUUGAUACAAAGGAUAUGGCACGAAGGUAUAUAUAGUUUAUUCAUUUAAAAAUAAUAUGUACA